CGUUUCCACUUACCUCUCAGAUCGCGCGAUAAGCACUUCGAUCCGCGGUCGAUCCUGUUGCGUCAGGUCAGGUCAGCCCAAUGCUCCUGUGCUUAAUAGGACAACAUGCCCGAACCAAGAAGAGGCAGCGGCGACCGCCGUAGAAUCACUGUCUCUGGACCUCUGCCCAAUCUCGACGACGGCGGCGACGACGACGGUGACAAUGUGCAGAAACCUUCCAGGGACAGUAUGAAGUUCUCGAGGAGCUCACCUUCUACUCCCUCUUUGCCCGUGGAGCAGACGACAGCAGCAGCUUCGCCCGCCAAGCGCACCGAGCAUAGACGAAGCGUGAGCACCCAUCUUUUGGCCAAGCUCAACUUUCUGAAUCGGCUGUCAGAGGACGACAGGCCACCUUCGAGGGAGAAAGAAAGCGAGGUCAAACCGCCAAAGAGUCCGCGCAGCAGCAAGAGCAGGAAGAGCAUCGAUGAUGACGAGCCUGUCACGUCUCCUGUGUCGCCAGCGAAAGGCGAUGGCGCUAUGGCUGCUGUGCUGAAGGCCACAAAGUCGCGUAAGCGCAAAGGCUCGUUGAGAAAGACGGCGCUGCUCGGGACGAGAAGGCUGGUCACGGAGACGAGGGAGAGGCGGAAUAGUGUUCUGCAACGCACCCCAUCGCUGAAACUUGCACAGCAAGUACAGGCAGCACGCACGGACGACUAUGGCGGCGAGCCCAAGCGGCCUCCUCUCCCGUCUCGAGAUAGUAGCAGCACUACUUUGAGGAAGAACUUCAGUUACGAGAAUGUCAACGCGGCGAGCAGCAAUGAUCGCGUGUGGCCUGAGCCUGCUGCAGUAACAACAGCACGGCUUUCGCUCCUGACAGAUCACCGGUCUCAGCUCGAACAGCGCAAGGAUGUAACAGAGCUCAAGAGCCCACUCGACUUGAAGAGCUCUAUUAGCAAUGCCAGUUAUGCUAGCACCACCGACGAUGAUGAUAUGCUUACAUUUGGUCGAUCAGCUAACAGCUACAUCGCCCAACAAAAGCCUCUAUCGUCAACUACCUCGAGCUACUUUCCUGAGGCGUCCAUCUCCCGCCGACCCAGUCACCAGAGCAGGAAGCACUCCCGCUCGCCGCUAUCACAAAAUCUGACCUCUGCGCUGUCCACUUUCCCUGCAUCACCCUUAGCACUGGAACCCCACGAUUACACGGAGACAGAAUACUGGGGCUGGGUGAUCUUGGUUGUCACGUGGUUGAUUUUUACUGUUGGCAUGGGAAGCUGUUUGGAGAUCUGGAGCUGGGCAUGGGAUGUGGGAGAAACACCGUAUGCUCCGCCUGAGCUAGAAGAUGAUCCUACCUUGCCGAUUGUAGGCUACUAUCCGGCGCUGAUCGUGUUAACGGGAGUGGUGGCGUGGGCCUGGAUUACGGUUGCUUGGGUUGGCAUGAAGUACUUUAGGCAUGCAAAGAUUGAAGUGUGACAGUUGGCGCAUGAUGUGGGCUGUGAGAUGACCAGGAUGUAUCGGGACUACCAUGCUCCCUCCAUAACGUUGGCUCAUCGUUGGUACACAUCGUCGAGCAUGGCGGGAUUCUACGAGAGCGUGAUACCAAGAGUACUAAUGAGUGGAGAACUUUGGAAGGGCUAGAGUCGUACAGUCCUCGCUGCCGAUGGGACUUGGAGGAGACAUCGUCUGCCAACUCGGGUCUGUAAAUGUCGAACUGCCUGGAGGCGGGCCUUGUCUUGACUGAAUUUGAUACGAGUCUCCCGAUACUCUCAUAUCCGUCAUAUACAAGAUCUCUUCACAUUUCCC